GGGUUGAACUAGGGAUUUAUUGGGGGCAGCAUUUUGUAUUAAUUGCCAUUUUCUCUGCCAUCAUUUGAAAUUUGGUUUAUGAGCUGACUGUUGGACACCUUUGACCUGCUUGGUGCCGGAACAUGUGAGACCAAGCCGAACGUCUCAUCAUAGAUUUAUGAAUGUAUAUUAUGAGCCAUAUAUUUUUGUUUUGACUGUUUCAUUUUGAGCAAUUUCAGCUCCAUGGUUCACAUGCUUCUACUGUGCAUUCUUUCGUCUUCUCAUCAGGAACAAUUGUUUCGUGUGCGACAACGUGCCUCUUGCAACAGAAGUGUGACUGAUGUAUGAACUUGCUGCUCACUUGUUUGGCUCGUGUGUGGGUGUUGGUUUGAUCCCAGUUGACUGAUAGUCACGGUCACAUGAUGUUAUUUACGACUGUCAGAGAAGGCUGCGAGGACAGGAGGGAAUUGAAAUUGGAGUCUCCUGGUCUCAUCAGACCGAGGGCCUAAUUCGAUUGUCUGUGUUGACAUGACCCGUAGUUUGGGUUAUUCCUUAGCUGCUUCUUAGACCCGACGUGUCCGUGUCGUGGGAGGGUUUGGAAUAUGACGGAGUAUGUGAAGGUUCCUGGUGCGUGUGACAUUAACGCCGCACUGAUUUACGUUCUAAUUAUCUCCCACGUCUGGAGAAAUCACCUUGACAGCCAUUUUUGGCUGAAAGCAGUGAUUAAACUGCUCUUUGGAUCUGCAGGCAGAAUGUUAAAAACAUACAUCACCCAAGUCGGUGUUACAUAUGUUGCCGUGAGAUCCUGGUUUUUAUUGUUAUACUCUCAGCAUGUAUUAGAUUAGAUGUUUAGGCGUUAUUGGUCCCACGGUGUGAUGGUGUUUUGGGUAAUGAUAUGCAAGUGGUUUGCUGUGCUUUUCACUGAUUUAGUAGACCAGUUCAAAUGUGGCUGGGAUGAGAGUCGGCAUCUCUGUCUGAAGUUUGUGGACGGCUGCUCACAUGUACAGAAUGAUUUGUGCUUGGUGUGGUGUUGGGUAUGAGGGGACCAGGGAGGUACUGUUGUUACCGAACUCUGGCUCUCUUUCAGUAGGUGUGUGCUAUUUUAGAUACAAAGGUGCCUGUCAGGCUGUCUAGAAUGAGCUCUUACCUGGUCGUGUUCCUUUUGAAGUUAGAUUAGAUGUCCUUUAUUUGUCCCACAGUGGGGAAAUUCAAUAAGAAGUUGGCACCUCCAGCGAGGAUGAGCCCCUGAAAUGGAACGAUUGUAUUUUGUAAAUAAUCUCAUGCAAAUUUUUCCUCCAUGUGACUGAAAACAUGAUUAAUUUAUGUGGGGGGAGGUUAAUCAAUAAGUCCAGGUGUGUACCAUGGACCAGCUCUUUAGACUUGCCCAGGUCCCCUCGCCUAGACCACUUACAAUAUGUUCUGACAAGACAGUCUUCUGCAGCGUAACAAAGCUCCUCAUUGAUUUAAGCCACCAACUCUCUGCCACCUCUGUGAAUAGUAUCAUUUGUCUAUUGUAAGUACACCUCUGGAUAACAUUGUAUCCUUGUUAACAUUAAAGAAAAGAAAGAAAGAAAGUACAAUAUAGAAUAUCUUUAUUAACAUUGUUUUAAUCUGAAAGUGCAUCAAUUUGCCUGAAAUUAAAAAAAAAUAAAUCAGGAGUUGAUAUGCAAUUACACUUGGUAUGUUCCCCAGGUCACAUGCGGGGAACAUACAACAUGGCGGCCCGCCCCGCUGUUUGAGGAGGACGGGUCUAGCUUCAUUUACGCCGACAUCUCCAAGUGUUUGAAUCUUUAGCAAAAACCCGAAAACCUUUGUUGGUGACUCAUCAGUCUGACCCACUUAGUUAUUCAUUGACAUGAUUUCGCUGCGACUCCAGCUGCAAGCUUGGUCUGUGUAUUCAUGAUAUGCUGGGAGGUAAGGACAGCCACAGACUUGGUACAGAGCGAUAUGAUCGCCCUUCCCAAAAACUCUGUGAGCAUUGCAGUGCUUUAACAUCAGUAUGAAAAUGUCAGACAUUAACUGUGAGUUAGGUUUUAUAUCAGCGAGAGAGUGAGCCUGGCGUCCUCUGCUACAUCACCAUCUCACACAGUGACCGUUCUCCCUCUCUCUCUCUCUCUCUCUCUCUCUCUCUCUCUCUCUUUCUCUCACCAGCGCUUACUGCUGCUACUCCAAUCAGUGUUUGUCAUUAUGAGCUCCCAGGACUUCAGGACACUUGGUGCUUUUUGCCCCGUGCUUUUCUUUGCAUUGCGCCUGCUGAGCAAAGUCCAUGACAUGUACUGAAGCAACACACACACAUGCACACACACUAAACAAAUACACUGUCCAUGACAUCCUGCCAACUAUCCAUGGUAAUGUUCCCACUGUUCAUGUUGGGUUUGCACACCAGCCGCUCCUCCAAAGAGGGAGUGAAUAUUAACAGAAAUCAAAUAUAUUUCUGCACAAUCAUCCUGUUAGGAACAUGACAAAUGUGCACUGAGGAAUGAAGAUACAAAUCCUUCAGUCAAUAAUUAGAGGGGUUGUAAAUUCAAGCAGAGACAGAUUGAAAAUGAAAUUUUUGGUCUGAAAAAAGGAAGAGAUUAGGAGAACCUGUGUCUAACCUGUUCUGCUGAAAUUAAAAUAGAGUCAAGAUGGUGGGAAAAUAUUGUCACAUCUCACCCCGUUGCUUUUUCCCAACCUCUGUUUCUUUCUUUUUAUCACUCUCUCUCAUUUAUUGUAACUUAACGCAUAUGUUGCUGCCAAUUAGUGUUUUUCUUAAAAAAAAAGUUUACAAAUACAUUUGAAAUCAACUUAUAUUUAUUAAGGCGAGAAUACAUUAAUGUAUCAUCCAGUUGUCAGUUCUAAGUUGCUUGAUCCGAGUCGUGGCUUGCUGCGUGGUAACAUGUAGCAGCGGGUGUCAGCUGAGAUACAGAGCCUGAGUCGGCCUGUAUCACUUCAGUAGCAACUGGUGGAGACACAUGAGUAGCGUUUUGACGGCAGGUGAGGCCUUCUAAUCUCUAGGUCCACUCAUCACGCAGGUAUGUGGCGGCCAACAGACUGGAUUACAUAACCACACAUAAGUGAUGCUCAGAGCUGCUGUGGUUUUCUGGACAAAACAGUUUUCUUUGGGUUGGGUGUAGAGUGAACAGGUUGCUCUCGAGUCCCAGCAUGUCUGUUUGGCUGCUUGAGUUCAGGAGACGGAAGAGUUCUUUGCCUAAGAUGGCUCUGUCCCUCUCCAGACUGUAGGGAAUAGUAGUAUGGAAGUAAUCAUGAAAUAAAAGAACAUCUAAUGCCGACCUGGGCAAAGUGCGGCCUGAUGCCUGUAUUUUGGUGGCUCUUUUGAUGUCAGACUAAAGCUAUAACUGAGAUGUUGUAAUUUCACCGUUUCAAUCUAGCAUGUUCUUGUUUGAAUACGAGCAUUUUCUUCUUUUCAUUGGCCAUUUUUGUGUUUUUCUUGUUCCUCAAAAUACAUUGAAGGAAUGUUGAAAAUACACUUUGGAAACUGCCUUUUUAUCUUGAACAUCUUGUUCAUCAUAGUUUGUGGAUUUAUAUUCAAAUUAAGUUCAUAUGAAAUGAAAUAUUUCAAGAGGUUUCAUGGCAUAUCUACCCUUUUUACUAUCCUUACUUACAUCUAAUAGGUUCAUAGUAGGUUCAUUUUGUCAUUAUAUAUAUUAUAUACGUAUAUAUUACGUAUAUAUUUUUGAUAUUUUUCUGUUAUGUUUUGUAGUCUUUCUUCAAUAGCCCCUCACAACAGUUACACUUUCAAAUGUGGCCCUUAAGGAAAUUUAAUUGCCCACCUCUGAUCUAAUGCAUUUAAUCGGGAUAAUGGUGCAUUGUAUGCCAUAUCUGUUACUUCUCAGAAUUCUCUUUUGAUGCACCACAUUUCCCACACGCACUUGUAGUGUCACUGUUUGGUUCAGAGACCAACUAACAAAGUCUACCUUCUCAUCGGAUUCUUCCAUUCUUCUUGCUAUGGUUCCCCAACUGUGUGUUUUUGAUAGUUCAAGUAGUGGAGCUGCAGGGCUAGCUUACUCUGCUGUUGGAGCUGCGGUAGAGUGAGCUAAUAGUUUGUCCCGUUGUGGUGACGGACUGAUUGUUUCCCUUUGUGCUUUUCUAGCUCUGCUUUUUGAUAUCUGGAUUGUUUUGUGAUUGUUUUGCUGGUGUCAUGCAAACGCCACGGAAACAGCACUUUUAUCACCUCAUCUUAGUUCCAUUUGUUCCAGUUUAGAUUGCACCGCUGCUUUUGACAGCAUUACUCGCAAAAUUUUACUUCACCUCCUCCCACCGCUUUCGGGUGACACUGCUGUUAUUUGUCUUAACAAUCAGACAGGACGUCUGCGUCCACCAAUACAGUAAAUUUGCCUGUGGCGUUCCUCAAGGUUCUAUUUAGGACCUAUUUUUUAUGUGUUUAUGUUUCCAUAACGCAAAAUUUUCCAUCACCGUUAUACAGUAACGUAUUACAAACAUGCAGACUUGCAUUAUGUAAUAUCUUGUUUACCUGCCAUACUACUGCUUCUUUUGAGCUGUUAGCCAAUCACCUUCAUGUCUCUGUGCAUGUUUAUACAUGUGCAUGUGUAGACACUCCAGUCUUUGCACGUUCUUGUUUAUGUGCUGUCCCUUAAGCACUUUGUGAAAUGUGUUCUGAAAGGUACUCAUUUUUUAUUUUACUUGAUUAUUUUUAUUAUAACCACUAUUUUGAUUUGGGUUUCUUUUUGUCCUUGUGUAUUAAUGUGUAAUAAUGCUUUUGUUGACAAAAGUUAGGUAGGUCAGACUCAAGUUGUUUCGUUGUGUAUCAUCGAAAUACUGGGAGAAACAAAAGGAGAAGUGGAGGGCUACCAUCCAGGUUUGUGGAUGUAGAAACGGAGGAAAUAAACAGGACAGGUGUGAGUUGGGAGGAUGCCCCUGAUGUUGUGUGUGUUGUUGUGUCUUCUCCCGACAGUAAAUGCCAGAAGUCAGACAUAAAGAAGAAUUGCAUGUUUCUGAAUUAUUUAGUAAAAGUGUUUAACAGUUCAGUUUUUGUUUUGAGCUGCACAUGGUUUUAUUUAUCCUCAGACAAGAAGCGUGGGUUACUUCAAAACUGGCUUUUAUGUCCUUUGAGGAUAAUAAACAGGUAGAAGGAGUGUUGUGAAGCAGACAUGAAAAUAAGAGCGUUUUGAAUUAUUUACAAGCAUUUCAUUGUCUACCUAAUAAGUAGGACUAUCAGGCUUUUAGCAUGGAUUUUGGUACACAAUGUCCAUAUUUUGUAUUUGGUGACUACAAAUGCUGAGUGCUGAAGGCUCGCACCCUCUGGGGCAGUCUGUUUUUUAUUAUAUGAGGGGCAUGUUUUGUCUCUACUGCUCUCCUCAAAUGCAAAUAAUGUCCAGUUUUAUUUGCAUCUGCACAGAAAUAUCACCAGUAAGACUCCCAACAACUACCUGCGCGAUGUGCAUAUCCGCAAGAUUUCACCUGAAAGCCACAGGUUCAUGAAGGCUUGAGAAUCGAUGAGCUUCGAACUAAUGCAGCAAAAUUGCAGAGAAAUCAUGGAAACCAGUAUGAUGGUGCUACAAUGAAUGCUCCAUAUAGGCCUGUGUGAUGUGAAAUUUAGGGCAUCCUAUUGAAAAAAAACAGGAUGUUUGCCAUGUUCUUCAGUUUAGGGUGCCCCAGGACACCCUGACGCCUCUCCAAAACUCUCAUGACUAUAUAUUAUCAGUACAGGACAGGAACUUCCAUUUCGCUCCAACGAAAAAAUCUCUUGUCUUAAGUCUCAUAUGAAACAGUUAAAAACCUGAGUUGAUUUUUUUCCCACAUGAAUGGUUUGACAGCCAAUCGUAUUCAUCAUCUUCAGACAGAACCUGGACUCUCAUCUGAUGCAGCACACUCAAUGACCCAGUUUUUGUGUGACACAUGGCCCAUAUAUAAAAAUGGAAUAUCCAUUUAUGUGUUUUCACAGCAAACUGCCAUCCUGUUCUGAGAGCAGAUGCAGACGCUUUUGUGACAAGCUUGUUUUUGUAGCCUGUUGUCAUAUGCUGGCUCAAUAUAGUCAUAUGUUUUACAUUUUAAACAACAAAUUGAAGGCUUGAGUGUCUGUUUAUGUAUGGUAUGCAGGUUGGUCCUGGGAUGAAUGGGUGGAAGAAUUGACAGUUUGAAUUAAAACACUCCACAAUGACCAUAUUUUGCUCCCAUUCUAAUACUUAAAAAGUGAUAUAAAGUCAUGACUCUUCCUCGAAAUGAUUCCAAAGCAAACAAAGCUUGGUGCUCUGACGCUCAAUUGCACUGAUUCAGUCUCAGUCAGUAUUGAUAUGUGUCCAUCAAUGGCUGAAUUACAGCCACUUGCAAAAACUGGUGUGUUGUCUUUCAUGGAUAAACGGGACUGCUGAGGUUGAGCCAUACUGCAAAUCUCUUCCUGCCUGGAUUUCCCUUGUCACCUAAAAUCUAUUCUAAACUUUUCCGGAAUGUUUCUCUCAUGCCUCAGGACAGGAAAACCUGAAACCCAAAGAGCAAAGUUUACGAUCCUCACAGUGUUGACUCGGAUAUGACAUGUACCUAUACAAAUAAACUGGACAAACUGACUUUGGACAAGUCAGAAGUCUUGUGUACAGUACUUGUUAUGUAAGACAUAACUGUCAGCACAGGAGUUUAGCUCGUGUAAAGAACCAGAGGGACCUCAAUUAUCUGUCUAGAAAUCGGAAAGACCAUCAAAGCAGAUCAUAUAGAUCAUAUCAUGUCAAGUCUUGGGUGGUUACCAAAAGGAUUAUCUAGAAUUUCGAGCCCUAGUUUAAGAUCCCUCUGAGCUUUGUUGCUACUCUAUCAUCUCUCUUUCCGUCUUGUUUUCAUUCUGAAGCUUUGGCAGGAGGCUUCAAAACCAGUUGUACCUGCAACUUUAGUUCCCUGUUCUACAGACAGAGGUGUGUCCACUGCCUCGAGACAUUCCGAAAGGAUUCCAAAAUCACAGGCGGUUACCUUGUGUCACCGCUCCUCAAUCAAAGCCGGAACUUUGGAAGUCAUAUUUAUGAAGGAUUCUGCAUGCCGUGACGCUCAUUGGCUGCGUGAGGUUUGAAAACAAAUCCAACAAGUUAAUAGUUUCAACACCUUUGGCAGAUUCAUUAUCCUCACUUAAGCUAAAUCAUUAAACAGGGCUAUAAAGGUCUGUAACUGAGUCAACAGGGUGUGUGGGAAUGGUCUGCCUGUUCUUCUUCAAAAUACUUCCUUGUGAGGACAUUGUUUUGCAAAGACCCUUUGGCCGCUCCUCACAACAUGAAGACGCCAUAAUAACUAGGUUACUAUAGUUGGGUUUAGGUUUCAUUAGGAGUCAUGGUUUGGUUUAGCCCUGUGUUUUGGAUGGAUCCGUUCAGGGUGAGAGGCUGGGGAAAGGGUGAUGGCAAGAGUGUCCUGACAAAGACAGAGAGACAAACUUGUGUGUGUGAGUGUGAGAGUUCAUGGGUGUAUUGGCCUGACUCUUGACUCUGAGCAGUUCUGUCAGGUGACUGUGAAGAGAUAAGUGUUCUUCCUCAGGGUCUUUUUGGUCUACUUUUCCUCUGUUGUUUUCAUGUCACUGACUCGGAGCCAACAUCUAUCACUGUCUCAUGUUACAGAGACUCUCAUACACAGUUGAGCGCAGAGCAAGGACUGGGACAUUUCUGUAGCCUUCUUGCAGUAUGAUCUUGGUUGUUUACUGAAAAUAUUAAAGGCCUCUCAAAAUAGCAUCCCAAACCCUCUUUAUUUCCCAUGACCACUUGAAUUACACUGCCCCUGAUGGCCAGAAACUAGUAGACAGGUGGUCUCACUCGUGAUCUUUGUCUACACCAGGCCUGGUCAACCCGCGGCUCCCGAGCCACACAGCUCUUUCCCCAGCCGCCGAACUGGCUGCCAUUUUGGUGAAGUUGCUGUUGACAUGAUGGUUUAUACAGGAAAUAAGAGGAAAAAGUCAGAGCUAUUCCGGCAAAAUGUCAAAAUAUUGUUCUUUCACUUGCGUUUCACUUUGAAACAUAAACAAUAAACCUCGCCGCACGUUCAAUGGCGACGUGAGUGUUGGUCCUCUGACUUGGAGCGUCAUCAGAUCCACCAUCAACACUGAUGACUGACAUGUUUGACUUCCACGUUUGACUUUGUCCUUCCCUAAACUGAAGGUCUGGCAUGUGUUUCACUUGUGAUUCACUGUUGGUGGUGGUGAAGUCCGUUGAAUUCAGCGUGCGCAGCGUUGCUCACACACACAGAGCGGGGCCACGUUAUUGGUGGCAUGAGCCACGUCCAAAAAUAGAGAAGUCAAAUCACUGGCACACAUUUUUAUCUACGGCGCUUGAUAUUUCCAGGAGGAUCAGGGUCAAAUGGAGGAAUUUGAAAAAUACAUGUGCAAGAGACGUACGCCGGACGUGAACCAGCAACCUGGUGACACACAGGGAAGAGCUUUAACCACUAUACUGAGUCAGGUGACCAGCUGCUCAGGUGAAGCCUCACAGCCUGAUGUGUCUGUAGCAUGUGGCUCUGUUCAGCAACACAAUCAAACAAUGGAGCUCUGAGCCUCGGACUGGUUGGCCACCGCUGCACCACAGUAUACGCUUCCCUCUUAAGUGGAGGGUCAAAGGGCUUGGAGAAGGCCAACAUCAGUGAUUGUUACGUGUAAUGAGGUUAGUGAAAACAACUUUUGGUCUCUUCUCCGGGCCAGCUGAGGCUAACGUGGCAAGGGGCCAGUUGCUCUGGCAACUUUAGCCUGGCCUUGUGCACGUCCUUGCAUGGCUGUAAAAACCAGUUGACAGACGGGUAGGUUGGUGGGAGGGAGAGACAGAUGACCUGCUUUCAUCCAGGCCGUUCACUAUCUGCACUGCUGACGACACUUUGUCUCCUCUGGCCCAGAAGAACAGGACACAUAUUUCCACAUUCUGAUACCAGGCUGACCCACAGCACACUGUGUUCUGCUUUAGUUGCGAGGUGUAACAUAAGAUUCUAGCUGGGUGUGUGUGAGAAUCAUGUGAAGCCAGUGAUGGGGAAAGCAAGUUGUCUGAAAGAAGUUGAGUGAAAGACCUUUUCUGGUUGUGUUACAAGUGUUGGUCUUGAGUGGAUUUUAGAAAACUGCUGCAGGAUUUCAGGGUGAGCCUCUUUUUACUCGACGAUUCUGUUAUCUGCUAACACUAAGUAAUCGUUUUUGACUCUUUAUUAAUGAUGUUACUUGAAGCUGUCAUUGAAAAACAUGUCUGAUUUAAGCUCUUACUGCGCAUUAACCUUCCUUUGGAAAAGGAAGUUAAACUCUGUGACUUUCUAGAAGUCAAUGAUUAUCUUAUUCAUCUUUCUUUGAAAGUACUUUUCACUUGCUUGGGUGCUUUCAACCACUUGAGUUAUAAAAAAAAGUGUCUCUAAUCCAAGUCUACGCUCUUAUGAGCCAAUGUGAAACGUGCACAAGACAUUCUUCUUCAUCUUCAUCAUCAGUAGAAACAACUCACUACAAAACCUUCUAAACACUCCUAGCCUUACACUAUUGAUUUCCAAUCAAUGUCUUCCUCAUGUCUCAGUGACAGGGUGACGUUUGACCUAGAAACAUCCCAAGGUAGAUAAGAUGUCGUCUGUGUGAUAGCUUCACUUUUCACUGUGGAGUUUGAGGCGAGCCGUAAGGGCUACAUCAGCACAGUGUUAUUGGAGGGCAGACUGCUUGUUUGGAGAAAUCACCGUCCUCUGAACCAAUAAAUCUUCCUUGUAUUGGCACAAAUGAAAGCUGACAAUAAUGUGGAAUCUAAAGAACAUAUAAUUUUCACAAAUAUUCUCUUCGGUCAUUGAGUUUGGGGUCAUCCAUGCCAGAUACAAACUUCAUUUUCCUUCAGUUCAUUAAUCUGCAUCAAAAUCAUCUUUUUCCUUCCUGUUGUCCUGAAUAUCAGGUCCUGUGGGAAUGGUUGUCAUGGUUUCCACAAUUUUAACGACACCCCAGGAACAUUUUUUUCAGGGACCCAUUAAGCUCCAAUCACCUCAGAUAUUAUCCAAAACUGAAGAAAUUACAUGAAUAAAAUAGGUGAUCUGAGGUUGCAGCAGGAUGCAAACACCUCAGCAGCUGCAGCCUGUUCAUGGAUUCAUGGAUUCUCCACCAAUAUCAAACACAGGUCCCAUCUUUGAGUACAGAAUGUUGAGAAAUGUGUCCCCGCUGCAAGAGUUACCUUUCAUGAAUGCUUUAAUAAAAAUUACACAAAAAUCACGUUAUUUCCGAAACGGUCAUUGCUCUCACUUUUUCAAUAUUGAGCUUGUUACAUUAAUUGUCAGGUUGUUUUGUGAUGAUGUGGAUCAAGUGGAAAAUGACACGUAAACACAGGUUUUCUGGUGUAUAGUUACGGCUGCUCAUUUGAUAUGCAAGCUGAGCUUCACAGGAAAAGGCAACUCUGCUCCGUCGUCUUAGUUGAAGAUCUAACAACAUCGUGGAGAACUUAUUCCAGCCAUGCUAUCUGUUCCAACUUCUGUCCUCAUGGAGGUGGUAGAGGACAGUCUGACAAUCAUCCUAUCACAAACCCGUUGCAAUGACAAAUACAUUUUUAAAUUCUGGUAUUUAUGUCAAAUGUGUAGGCUAGGUCUUGCAAGAAAUCCUCACACAGGAAAUGCCUCUUCAUUGAACUGCCGAUUGUCCAUUCCAAGCGUUGAAUGAGUGUUUUCAUGGACUGAACUGGAGUAUAAUCCCAAGAACGGUUCUGGUUCUGUGAAUAUAUUUUUGUGCCUGAACUCCAGCGCCACUCUGGGUGUGAACUGCUUCACCAGCAGGGGGCAAUAUAAUGAAGCCGUCACAAGAAAACAUUACAUGGCUUCAUGUUGUCUUCAGUUUAGUCAAGUUCAACAUAUUUUAAUGUAGUCACUGUGUAUAACUAGAAUCAGGAGUUGAGCUCUUACUAACUGAGCUGUCAUGCGACCUUCAAUUGACAUCAAAUUCAUUUUGUAUUUGAUAUGUGAGUUAUCUUUUCAGAAAGAUAGCGUCGCCUGUUGUUGGCAGGGAUUUGGUAACAUUUCCUUCGCACUUCUGCGAGCAAACUUCACUGGGUAUUUAGUACUGUGACUGAUCCCUGCUUAAACACGUAUGAACGUAAGAGGAUGAAAACACUCACCUACAGCACACCAUAAACAGUUUUUUUAAUGAUCACUUACUCUUUGAAGCAUCACAUGCUCCGUCUUCUCAAAAUAAUCACAUAAAUCUUAUUUGAUUUAUAGACAUUCACAAUAUUUCGUUCAUUACAUUAAGUUUUAAAAAGCUCCUUUAUGUACUGCACUUAACAUUGAAUUGGUCCGAUUUGAUUAGUUUAUUUACUCGUAUUUUUUAAAUUCAUAUUUACUGGUAAGGGCAUUAUGAAAAGAAAGGAUUGGAGAUAACCCUUUUAUACUGUCACCCCUGCUCUCCUUCACAUAUCCUUCCUUGUCAUACUACCUGAAUCCAUGGUGAAGGAAGGACAAAGAAGGGUGACUGCACACUAACACGUACACACACACACAUGCAAAUACACAGUUAGCAGCCCAUCCUCUGUUGCUAUGGCUACUGGAUCUUAUUGUGCUGCUGUCUUAACCAACCACAUCCCGUCGCUGUCACUGAUGGGGGCGGGGCCUCUGUCUUCCACCGUGGAAGGAAGUGAACAGAGGGACGUCAUUUCCUCUUUGUUCAUGGAGCGGUUUACAUCAUCAUGGAUAUAUACUGUCAAUGUAACUAAUAUCCAUUAUACCAUCCUUUAAAAAAAUAAAAAUAAUUGCAUUGCAUUUCAUGUUUUCUUCUUUCGUAAUGGAAGUAGUUGGUCAGGGCCGUAUUCAUUGGGGGAGUCUGGAAUCAUUCUGCAUAUUUCAUUUAUUGAAAUUAGCCAAGAUACAAAAUAAAUAAAUCAAUUAAUAUCACAGUUCCUGAACAUAUACAAAUAAUGCUUUGAUGCUAAGAAAUGUUGCUGAAUCUCUUUGCUGCUAAUCAUUUGUUAUUUGUCAAAUGACUAAGAACAAACAUUAUUAUUCUCAUUAUUAUUCUUAUUACUGUUGGUAUUAUUAUUAGUAAUGUAUUCUGCAAAUUGGGAUAAUAAAAAUAAUUAUAUAUAAGGUUGUCGUCCUUCGAUACUACAUCAGGUGAGUGUGUGUGUUCUAUUUCAACUAAAACGGUGGUCCGUUUAUGCUUAUUUCAGUGGCAUGUUCCCUGCGCAGCUCACCCAUUGUCAGGCUGCUUAUCCGAUAGUGCCCUCUGGUGGACAGUUGUUGAAGUGUGGCGCUUUUUUAUCAGAUUUUUGCAAUCGUUUAAAAAAAAAAAAACCCUCUUCUGAACUUUGAAGUAUAAUCCCAAGAGUCUCGAGAGUUUCCUGUAAUUUCUGUUAUAAUUAAUAAUGUUGUUCACUGGACUUUACUUGUUUUGACCAUCACGCCCUCUAACCCCACUGACUUUGUCUCUUUUUUGCGGAAAUGAGAGCGUUGCUUCCCCCUGCUGUCCACUGCGGUUAAUAGCUGUACAGAAGGUUUGGUUGGAAGAAGAGGAGGCUGAGUUUGGUGAGCUGAAGGGUCCUGUGGUGUUUUGCGUGCAGGCGGAGCACGCCGGGACCAGGACCUACUACUUCAGUGCUGACAGCCAUGAAGAGCAAAAGGAGUGGGUUAGAGUCAUGACUGAAGCAUCAGCGGUCGACAUCACACCAGCCCAGAGAACAAACACAGACUCUUCGGAGGUCAACCACAACAUGGUGACACGUGCGCCCGACUCACAGACACCGCAGAACCAGUCGCAGAGUGAAACUGACAUUGUACCAACCCCUCAGCGAAAGUCCAACGGGGUGGAAGCCUCCGAGACCCCUCUUGCUUCCACCCCCUCUUCUGACAAGGACAGACAGAAAAAGGAUGUGAAACAGGGUGAAGGUGAAGACGAAGGUGGAGGACCGGGUCCUGGCCCCAACCAUCAUCCCAAUGGAUGGUCAACCUAUGGUCCACCAGGCGCAGUGCCUGUGAACAACAACAACAACAGUAAAUCUCUACCAUCUAGAAGCCAGGGCAGCAUCCGUGGACCUCAAGUUCACCAGGAGGCUGGACCCCCGCAUGACCCUAGGGAGCAGCAGGAGCAUGUUGUGCUACGGAGGGGGUUCGUCCCAAGGACCGCCCCAGAGAGGGUCGCCCAAAGGAAGAGUUCCAUGGCCCAACUACAGCAAUGGGUCAAUCAGCGGCGAGGCAUGGCUUCUCAAGAGGACAUCAACAGCCCGUCCCGCUACUACCAGUUCAACCCUGCGGACUAUUACGGCUACCCAGGUGGCCCCCAGUUUGUGGACGAAUACCCGCUCUAUGCUCCGGGCGUUCGACCUGACAGCAUCUGCUCGAUCUCUGCUGUCGGGGGUUACGACCGCCGCUGGACUAUGGAAGAGAAGCGGCGCUCACUGAGAGACGGACCCCACCAGAUGUUUGGGCCUCCAACCCCUCGGGACUCGUGGGGCCCGCAGCACUUCAAUGCGAUGGAAGCAUCCAUGAGACGCCUGUCCAUACAGCCGCGGUCUCGAUCUGUGCCCAGGUCACCCUCAUUGUCAUCUGGGGGUCCAUACUCGCCUGUGCCGCACAACUUUGCCUCUCCAGCGCGAUCACCAUCGACCCGCUUUGACCGAUAUCCGGGCAGGACGAGGGAUGAUGUGAUUUAUGCAGACCCAUCCGUCUAUAGCAUGAGAAGAUCCAUCAGCUCUCCGAAGUAUGACUUCCCUGGUGAUAGACGUUCUUUAAGCCAAGGAUUAUACCACUACAAUUACCCAGUUUCCCCUUCCAUCCACAGCAAACUGGAGGACGUUUUAGACCUUCAGCUGCAGCGUAACCUGGAAUACCUAGACCAGCAGGUACUCGAGGGAAGCCACCUUAUUGGCUCAGUAACCCGAAGGAUGGAGCGGUCAUCCUCGGCAGCAAAGCUUUGUAUCCAAGUGCCUCCUUUCCACGAUGUCUACAGCAGAGAGCUGCACCCCACACUGAAGCUGAACGAGAUUGAAACCAGUAAACUUUUGGGCCGACUCUGUGAGCAGAACCGAACUUUGAAAGACCAUGAGGCAGUGGUGCACCGACUCAGAAUGGAUAAGGAUACCUUGGAGGAAGCACUGGUGGCGACUCACCAGGAGAUGGAGAACUACCACAGCCAGCCGAUGGCCAUGGAAAAGCUGCAGUACAAAAAAGAAACUCUGCAGAACCAGCUCAUCAACAUCAGAGGAGAGCUCUCCCAAGCCUCAAGUGCUUUCACGACUGCUCGCAUGGAGUUCGAAGCACUAGAAGACGAGGCUAACGCCAUCCAUGGAGAUCUAUGGGAGCAACUGAAUGCUGGUAUUCAGAGUGAAUUGGUUCGAAGGCACAUCCAGAAAGAAUUUUGGAGAGUGCAGGAUGUGUUGGAAGGACUGCACAAGAAUAACUCAUCCAGAGGCACCGACACCGCCAAGCACAGAGUGGCCAGUGGUGCCUCCGGCUCUUUUAGCACCAAUAGUCCAGCCAGUCCCCUGAGCUCAGUAAGCCUCACCAGCCCACUCAGCCCCUUCUCCCCAGUGCCCGGCUCCCAGGCCUCCCCAACCAAACAGCUGGGCCCGGAGGAAAAUGCCCCUCCUAGGCCUCCCCUUCCUAAGUCCUACUACCCCCUGGAGUCCUCCUCCACCCUCCCACCCUCAGUCCCUCCCCUUCCCUCUGACAGCACCACCUGGCUACGCAGCUUGGGAAUCGAUGAUGCUUUCCUUGAUGGUGAAGAUUCUUACACGAGAAAGUCAAAUCCGGGAGAGCAGAAUAUGACUGACAUGCCGGACAAGGUGCAGGACCGUCAGUCCAGCAUGAAUAAAGUUGGAAUUGUUCCUCCGAGAACCAAGUCGCCGGCCAACGAAUCAACAGGAUUUUCCAGACAUAACGGACGAGUUGCCAAUGGGAUAUCCAGGGAGCGUCCAAAGAGCGCUGUGUUUCCUGCUGAGAUGAAAUCCAAGAUGAGCGUGGAAGAACAAAACGAACGGCUCCGUCGAAACCAGAGCAGCUCAGUGAGGGACAAGAGGCGAAGUCUGAAUCUCUCAGGCGGCCAUUCUCCUGCAAGCUACAGAGUGGUUCGCAGGCGAUUAACUGCUCAGGAGAUUGAUAUCAAAGACCUGGAGGCGGCGGUUCGAGGUCCAGGUCAGGAGUCGCCGAGGCAGGAAAUCGCUCGCCUGAGGCGGUUACAAGUAGAACACUCGGACUUGGAUAUCGGGAAAGAGCUGUUGGCUCCUGACAAAGUUCUUAUUCCGGAGCGCUACCUGGACGUGGAAGAUAACAUGCCACUGAGUCCUGAGGAGCAGAAAGAGAAACAGAAAAAACUGGAGCGCAUCAAGACCCUCAUUGCCAAAUCAAACCUUCAGAAUAUGGUCCCACUCUUGGACGGUCCAGCAGAGGGCGGAGCUGCGGUCACUUCCCAACAGCAGUUGGAGGAGCAGGAGAAGCGGAUCGAGAUCUCCUGCGCACUCGCUGCAGAGGCCUCACGCCGCAGCCGCAUUCUUUCAGCCCAGUGCGCCCCUAGCCCCCCCUCCUCCCCGACCAGCCUGGCCCCUCCCACAUCCUCUGAUGAUUUCCCUGACUCUGCCCACACCAUGACUGUGUGAGCCGGACCAGCUCAAGCCUUGGCAGCCGUCAGGUUUGACGGCGCGUCCUUCUGAAGACUCCAACUGACCAAUGAUUUUUCAUCACUUGACCCAACAAAAGCACCAACUAGACUGUUGAGGAACUGGACUCAAACUCAAAGGGAAUGCUGGCGGUCCCAGGUACAAGUCCUGCAGCGGCUAAGGUGCAGCAGCACAAAGGAAGGUUCCAGAUCUCUUACCAGCUUCCAGAGGUGAUUUAUAUCUGUAAAGCUUAGCUCAGGACAGUCUACAAAGUAGAUAUAAACCAGAAUUUUAAUGGUGAGAUGCUUUAUGCAUAAAAUGACAACGUAGAUUUAUGACCAAUUCCACACCUGAAAGGGUAGGACGAAUUCAAGCAGCGACUUUCGGACGCUGGAGAUGGAUGAUCGUCAUUCCUCCUCAUAUCAGCUGUGGAACAGGGUGAGAGGACUCACUAACUUUGGUGACCUGCUAAGAGAUUUCUCAUGCCGUUUGUAGGAUAUUAUAUACAGUAUGUACAUGUACUGUGUAUUAAUAUAUGUGUAGGACCUUCUAAACUCACUGUGAUGCCUCUCUCACCUCACUGUCUCCUGAUCGUACAUCCAUCUUGUCGACCUGUCUCUUCCCAAUAGCAGCAACAUGCCAAAAUGACUCGGCCACGCGGUGCAUCCGCUGGUAUUUGACGUCGUAGUAAACAAACACGGGAGAAACGCGUCAGCCACAUGUUGAUGCAGUAGUGUCAACUGAAGAGAUGCACAACAUGAGUUCUGGGUAGAAACCGUAACAUUCUGUAUUAUUGAAGUCAUUCCAAUGGCAAUAGUUGUUUUGCGUUAGGAGUGCGUCAACUAUCAUGUCGUUUUAUAUAAAGUCCUUGUUCAUGUCCAUCUAAUUUUAGAUUUCUAUUUUUUCAAUCAACCAUCAAGAGCGUCAUGGCGUAAGACGGUCUAAAGGCCUCUUUAUGCUUACGUACGAAAAUGUACCCGCCCUUUUCAAACCAUGUUACCGUCACUGAUCCAUGCGUUGUUUAUAUUCACCAAUAUAUCCACCGGGGGAGCAGCCCACAGUCAAAUGAUAAUGACAAAAACUAGCUUCAGAAGCAACAUGGCGGCUGUGGACUCAGUGUUGCUCAUGUAGCUCCUGCUCAAAAGAGAGAAGGGAGGCAGUGGUUGGUGAGGCCGUGAAAUACCGCCAUCUUUCCUCGUGUUGUCAUUAGAGCUACAUAUCGGGUCGUAACAGCAACACUGCCCCCCCUCGGUUUCCAGUGGUACUGAUCCCUUUGGCCCGCCUCCAUAAGCUUUGUGGAAACGUUUCUGUCCGUAUCCCGAUGUAAUGUUGAGCAUAAAUGAGCUUUUAGGGUUUGGAAUGUGACAAAUAUUUCAUUUCCUGUUCACUCUUUUCAUACAUCGACCGUAAAAUGUGGACAUAUUGUCAUAUAUGAGAUAAAUGUAUCCUGCUGAGAAGUCAGUUUAAACAGUUAUUUAUGGGAAAUCACCUAUCAACAAGUCCACAGAGACCGAGAUGCAUUUUUAAGACGCCUGAUCACCUCCUGAAGAUAUAUUUACAGUGAAUAAUGAAUAUGUAAAGUAUGUUGGAUUUAUGUCGGUAAAGAGUGGAACGUAUGUGUACAGUGGCGAUAGAAGUGACCUUAGAAGACUGUGCUAGAAUAAGAGUCUCUUGUUUAGAGAAGCUGAGUCAGCUAAGGUGAUGCCGUGGUUUGAGAGGCAACAUGGACCAGACAACAUGAGCGUGUCACCACCAUUUCAGUUGAUGAUGCAGUGCCAUACAUCUGAAACAUGUCUGUGUUUACCAGUCGCCUCGUGACUUACCAAGCAUGUUUGAGAUUUUUAUCUUCACAGGACGGGCGGUCGCUCACUCUCCCCAACACAUAGAACCACUGAAAAUUACAGUCCCUGAUAAACCCAUUUAUUUUUGUACAAUUCUUAUUUAAUUUAUUUGUUUUCAGUGAAAAGAGAAAAUAAGUUUGUCUGUAAGCAAAGCACUUACUGUCUAUUUAUGCUUGUCAGACGUCAGCCACGCCCAUGAAAUGUUUCUUUAUGUUUGACACCAACGAUAAGCUGCGUCUUAACGUGGUAUACACUGUGUGCGAUUUUGUGAUGGGAUAAGGGAGGAAACGCUAGAUCGACUCAUGAAAAACAAGCAUGAAUUCAAUAAAGAGCAAAUGAAAUCAAGUCAAAUCUGUAGCUGAAUGGUAGCAGGACACAUCGGAGCCUUUGGAUUCCAGACUCAAGUCAGAGAACACGCACUGAAACUUGCGCGAAUGUCGUUAAAGUUGCCACAUUUCUGAGCAGUUUUUAAAUGACUCUCCCUCUGAUGACUGUCAUCACAGUUGAUAUGACAUUUCUCUCACACUUCACCUUAUUCUGAAGCGUCAGACUAAGUUAUUUAUUGUGUAAAUACUCGGGACAAAGGCUACACACUUGGUGUCAGGUUAGCUUGGUUAGCAUGUGAGCUGCGGCCACUUCCUGCCGCAGACCUCAAUGUUUUUGUGCAGUCAUAACUAUAAAUGGUUUGGAAAAAUGAGGGCAAAGGUUACAGUUUUAUUAUGUCCAAAAGUAAUAUGACAAUGGGCUAACGUUCUGGGCUAGCAUGAGAGAUGAGACAAGAUAUAAGCACCAAUUGAAGCUAAAGCUAAAUGCUCCAAACUCCCGACCGGGAAAUAUACAGUCCCAUCUUGAAGCAAGCCGCUCUCACACUGCACAGCAAUUGGGAUGAAAAAGCUUUGAAUUGUUUUGUGUCCGACAAUCGGAAUAUGAAUAAGCAAACAAAACGCGCACAGUGCAUAUCCAAGACUUUUGCCUUCUGUAGAUGAUUUUCUGCCAGAUUAAGAUCACAUAACAUUCUCAUCACAUAUUUACUCCCCAGAAACAAAAAUAACAAGGAACCACUCCCACUUGGCAAAAAAGGCGAUUAUUUAAUACCGGAAAAUGUCUAUUUUGUUCUGUUUUUCCAUUUUUUAAAGAAACGACGUGCUCUUAGGAGGCAGGACGUAUUUUUUUAAGAUGCAUGGGUAUCGUUGAAUGGAUUUUUUACAGACCAUUUUCACUAAUUCCAAGGCUGCUGUCCUUGUAUGGCUUUUCUGGGUCGCUGAGGCAGAGCUGGGUAUUUUUGGAAUCAUUGGAAUACGGCGGGUUUUCACAAGCGACAGCCCAAAGCAGUUGUCCAACGUUUGAUACAUGUUGUAGCAUCUGUGCUUGAUAAAUCGAAGGCGUAUAUAAAUGAUGUAAAUUUGUGGAUGUACAUAUGUUUUGGAUUUUAGCUAGAGUCUAUCACACGGUCUAUGUAACUACUACUACUCUGGGGAGGGGGUGGGGGGAACGUACAGUAGAAAACACUGCUUGAUCUAUGCAAACGAUAAAAACAGACCAUACGCUUGCUUUUUAAAAGCCUUGCAAUAAAGUGAAUGUAAACAAGUGUCGACUUUCCUUGGAUGCUUGUGAAUCCACCCCACUGUUUUGUAUGAACAGAGAUCCUGUCUUGCUGUCUGGAAUGGCUAUAUACUGUACGUGAAGUCACGUGAUGAUGACAUCCACUGCCAAAAACACUGAGACUACUGAGUCAGCCCACUUGUUCCUCACAGGCUCCCUGAUGAGAACCUAUCCUCUUUGUUAUGUUCAACUGUGCGUACGAAUAAAGUGAGAAAACAAACGGACUGCUUUCUUUCACGCUGCACUUUAGAAUUACACCGCUAUUGCUUCACAAACAAGAGUGCACCGUCGCGUCACAGUCCGCCUCCAGCGCAGCUCUGACCACGCCCACUUUCUUAUAACUCCGCCCUCCCUCACCGUUGUGAGUUCAUUAUUAUGUUCUAUUAUCGUUAUUAUUAUGUUCAUUUGACGCGACGGUGACG